UGAGUUGUUUUUACUUUCACUUAGCUUUCACAACAGUCUUUAAACGACCUUUAACAAACGUACGUGAAGUAAUUAUUUCAUUCUCCAUAUACACAGCUCUGUGUUAGAUAUGAAGACACUCCUAUUUUGCAUUUUAGCCAAAAGUGCAGCAUCUUUUAUGGUAAGCACACCAAAUGAUCACUUGAUUGCAGUCAAGGGUCAUCCAGCUGUACUAGGCUGUCAUUUUACACCACACCCUGACCUCUCCAGCCUGAAUAUAGUGUGGCAGCGCCAGGAGGACUCACAAGUCGUGCACAGAUUCUAUUAUGAACAGAACCAGCUAGACCAUCAAAGUCCAGAAUACCACAACCGGACCUCAUUGUAUAUUUCAGAGCUUGGUAAAGGGAAUGCCUCUCUCAGGAUAGAUGGAGUUGGACUGAAGGAUGUGGGUUGGUACUUGUGUAAAGUGAAAAACAUCAAUGGGGCAGGAAAAGCCAAAAUAAAACUUGACUAUGGAGCCUUUUACUCUGAACCAAGGUUGAGCAUUCAUGUGAACUCCACCACAAUAACAGUGCAGUUUGAGACCGAGGGAUUCCCUAAACCUGAGGUGAUUUGGCUGGAUGAAUAUGGUCAGGGUCUCAUUCAUCACCUGGAGCUCCAUGACCAGACAGAAGAUGGACUUUAUUUAGUUAGGAGCAGAUAUGAGGUCCAGAAGCCAGCAGUUAAUGUCACAUUUACACUAAAGAACCACCUCCUGAACCAGAAACUUGAGAGACCUGUGAUAUAUGUUCUAGGAGAUGCUGGAGACGGAAACAUUGCACUAAUAUUUCUCUCAAUUCUCUGCAUCAUUUUGAUUGGGAUUCUUGCUCACAUGAUGAGAGGAGCAAAAGCAGAUUUAUUAGCUAAAUGCCAGAAGCAUUUCUAAACCAGAUAGAUUCUAACCUAUAUAAAGCAAUAUUGGGGUAUUUGAGCUGCAGUGGGCUGUGAGUAUCAGGGUGGAUAUAGUAUAAAUCGUUCAAAAGUAUGCUUAUCUUUAUUGUAUUUUUGCCACGGCAUGCUGUUUUGUAAUGAACCCUAACUGUGUACUUAUUUCUCCUUUUCACGUUUACAUACAAAUUACAAUUGUCACAGCAUAUCUGUUGU